AAUGGAUAUUGAUAGGAUUAGCUCCAUUCAUGGAAGCUGUUUAUUGGUAUUAAUCAUGUCAUGUUUGCUGUCCGUUUCCUGAAGGCAACUAUAGCCAUGGUGACCGUUCUGCUUCAAGGCCGGACCCAUCUUAACUUCAAAGAGUUCCGCAUCCGUGGUCACUUACGAUUUUUCAACCACAUCCUAGGAAUCCUACAACUUCUUGAACCUCAACUUUUUGCUCAGCCCUCUACAGUUCUGCAUGGCAUCAUGGAGGCCUACUUCCCUAUCCUACCGCAUUCUGUGAUUGCUAAGAAGCCUCUGGAAUCCAUCAUUACCAAGUUCAUCCAGCUUCUGUAUCAGUACUCCAGCCACAACCCAACCCAGGCUCAGCCGCUCCUAGAGAAACACUCAACAGCACUCAACAACCUAUCCCAGGUCUACCCAGACAUCCAGCAGCUCAAGUCCCUAUUGGCCAGCAUCACGCUGACCUCAUCCUCCAAGGACCAAUCAGGGCUUGGCUCCGCCCCCAACCAGGCGGAGCCGGCUAUGGAUGAGAUCCCAGGGGUCGGAGGUCGCGAGGAGACUUACUCGCCGACACUUGCCGCCAUGAUGGGGGCUGAUGCAUCGUGGGAUACCGAGGACGUCAAGUCGUUCGCUGAGAGACUUUCUCAAGAAGAAGAUUCUGAAGGCAUGGCUGAAGCCUUGAAUGAGCUGGAGGAGAAGUCUAGCAGUGCUGUGGGAAUACCGCAACAUUUUGUGGCUGAAUUGUCCACUCAGAUGACGUCAUGCAACAAAGACUGCAGGUAGACGGCGUUUGUUCUCGUCAUUCGAUACAUCAGACACGACCCAAGCGUUGCCAGCAAGUUUCUCCCAGCUUAUAUGGAAUGUCUGAACAGCAUGGAUCAAGAAGUGGUACAGACAGCUUUGAAGAAUCUUCCUGAGUUUACGCUCCUCUGCCAAGAGAAUGCUGAGGUUGUGCUACAGAAAGCAUUCACCGUCGGAGUCAACAGCAAACUGUCCACAGUUCCACUCAUAGCAAAGACACUGAAACUACUCAGCAUGGAUAGUGCCUCAACAACCUCAAACACUACGACUCCAAGCUGAUGAUAGGCAUUCCUGAAACUACUCAGCAUGGAUAGUGCCACAACAACCUCAAACACUGCGACUCCAAGCUGAUGAUGGGCAUUCCUGAAACUACUCAGCAUGGAUAGUGCCUCAACAACCUCAAACACUACGACUCCAAGCUGAUGAUGGGCAUUCCUGAAACUACUCAGUAUGGAUAGUGCCUCAACAACCUCAAACACUACGACUCCAAGCUGAUGAUGGGCAUUCCUGAAACUACUCAGCAUGGAUAGUGCCUCAACAACCUCAAACACUACGACUCCAAGCUGAUGAUGGGCAUUCCUGAAACUACUCAGCAUGGAUAGUGCCACAACAACCUCAAACACUACGACUCCAAGCUGAUGAUGGGCAUUCCUGAAACUACUCAGCAUGGAUAGUGCCACAACAACCUCAAACACUACGACUCCAAGCUGAUGAUGGGCAUUCCUGAAACUACAAUGACUUCUUCAGCUUCAGCUCCAGGCUUGGCUAGCAUCAGCCGUGUUUGAUACAACUGUCAAAUGUUUGUAUUGCAACACAUGUGAUAAACUGUUACUGAAUGUGGACUGUGUCGAUACUUCAUCAAUCACAAAGCUGACGAUGCCUUUUCUGAGACGUGGCUUUGUCUCCAACUUUGACUCCAGGCUUGCCCAGCAUUGGAUGAAAUGAACAGUCAACAAUUAUAUCGCAACACAGACCACAUACACCGUUACUAAAUGUGGACUACAUGUCAACACUUCAUGUACCGUUACAACACAUAGUUGAUGAUGCCUUUUCUGAGACUUCGGCUUCAUCGCCAGCCUAGGCUCCCAGCUCAACUCGCAUCGACAGUAUUGGAUAAAAUAAAGUGUUAAUCAUUUUGCAACAUAGAUAAGAAUAUUACAUUGUUAUUGAAUACUCUUUCUACUACUUUGGCUCCAGACUGCAGCUUUGUGAUUUGGAGUUCCUUUCUUUUGCGAUUGGGGCUUAAAAUAUAUGUAUAUGUUGAUGUUCUGCUAAAAAAAGCCAACACUUUGAAUAUUUCCAUUUUUGUUCCUACACAUUUUUGAAGAACCAGAUAGUAAGCCAAAGUCUAAAAGGAAUAUAGGGUUUGAAAAAUGGCUAUAACAGUUGUCUUUAAUUGACCUAUUGCCAUUUGUGAGUUGGCCACGACCAUUAAACAACCGUUUGGAAUUUUCGUACGUUGAGUUUUGUUUGUCUCAGAUUUUGCGCGUCCUGCACCACUUGUAUAUCAUGUAAUUGGACAUUUCGAAAGCUGCAUUGAUGUGAUUCUACCGCGAUACGUUAAUAGCAAUAAAACAGUAAAAACAACUAAAUUGUUUUAUAUGGCUAAACUACUACUGUAAUUACUCCAGUAUGUAAAUAUUGUUGCUUUGUUCUUGUUCCCAUUCUUGUGCAUUGUACUAUAGAUUGAAAAGAAAUCUCAUACUUGUGUACAGGGUGUCCUAAAAAAAGUAAUCUGAAAGUUGUGGUUUAUGAAAGUUAUGAACUUAAAUACAUCAUAGUGCUCCUUUAAAAUCAUUCUAAAGGUUUUAAAAUUUACAUUGAGCCAUCCCAUGCCAUCAAUUUCAAAACAUACUUCGCAAUCAGCAUAGCUCAAAUCUUGGGCUGAUAGAUAUGUGUUUUGGGUGCAUUUUGGCACGGGGUAGUUAUUUGCAGGAAUGAACAAAAGUCAUUGAAAUGAUUUAUCUUGUUAAAGAAAAGAUAUUUAAUUCUAUGUACCAACACCCUACCUUCAACCUGUUUACAUGUUUGCAUAUUUUCAUUGACAUAAAAACGUUGAUGCAUUUAGUUACUAAUUUCAGUUGCAUGCUGAAAUUGUUGCAAACAAAAUCUUACUCUCAAAGUGAACCUGUGUAGAAAUUCUAUGAAAACUGUAAAAAAUCCCGGGGAAAAUGACCAUAAAAAUACGUUACAUAGGAGCAAUGCUGACCAUGUGCAGUGUUUAUAGGAAUGGAUAUAGUAUUUGCAACUAAUUUCACAAAUGUAAAAACCUAUGUUUCAUGGAAAAUUUGGAAAGAAAAAGUUUGAAAAGGAAGGCCUGGCUUUAGUUUGGAGUUAAGUUGGGGCCUCAUGAAAAGAAAAUGAUUCACGUACCAAGAAACAUGAGUCACCUUUAAAACAUUGAUUUUUCAUGUUUAAUUACUGUAAAAUGUGACAAGCAAAGGUUUUUAUAGGUCAGCAUACAUAAAUAUUUUGACUUUGAAAUUAGAGUUGUUGUAUACAUGAUCAUGUACAGAAUAAACCUUUAUUUAAAAA